AGAAGUGCACAGUGACCUCUUCGCUGUGUACGUAACACACGUAAAGUUGGAGAGGAAAAAUGUCUGAACAGAGAUGUGAUUGUUCCGUUUUGCCUUCGACACCAGUGAACUCUUGGCUCGCUUCAAGGAGUUAACAGCGAGAAUAAGGACCGCAGUCAAGCUGUCCGACUAACGGGACAAACAGAAGACAGUCGGUUAUUCGGUGAAUUUCGUCAGACAGACGUCGUACGAUGCUCAACGGCCAACCAACUAAUCACAAUUCGUUUGUUCUUUAACAGCUUCAGUUUAUCCGCCUUUCGACUGUUUGCUAACGUUACCUGACAGUCGACAUAUUUAUCCGAAAAGUAAACGGCAGGUGAAGCAGCCAGUUAGCUGCUUUAUUUAUUGGGACCCUUCGGUAGCGGUGACAGCCACGUCAGCUAGUUUAAGGCUAUAUCUCUCUAGUUGUUAUAUUGAGAGCACUUCAGUGCUUUGAUAGUUUCAUAGUAUCCAACAAAAACAUAAAGGGUGUUUUUCAGAGACAAUGUCUCCGAUGGGUAUCCGGCUGUCACCGCUGGGUUUGGCGGUGUUCUGCCUCAUUGGAGUCGGUGUCAUCUACCACCUGUAUGCAGGGGUCAUCUCCAACCGCCUGGCUGCUUUCAGACAGAUAAGAACUGUGGAUCUGAGGGACCUGCUGGCUGUGUCAGUGGAGGCUGCAGUGCUCGGUGGCACAGAGGUGAAGAAGGUGCGUGAGGAAAAUAAUCUGAAUGAGAAGUCAAAGGGCAAGACAAAGGAGGGAGUUAAUGAGCUUCUGACUCUGGGGGACCUGCAGUCUCAUAGAAAGAUGUUUAACCUUAUAAGCAACACCUUCCCUGAAGUUACGGUGAACAGUGAGGAACAUGACAACACGGUGGAUAAGGCUGCAGCCUGGAGCAGGGUCAUUCCAACAGACAUACUGGACAAGAUAGAGGGAGGCAAGGACGUUCCUGCUGACAGCGUCACCGUGUGGAUCGAUCCUCUCGAUGCUACACAGGAAUAUACAGAGAAUCUGGUGAAGUUUGUGACCACAAUGGUAUGUGUGGCUGUAGAUGGUAAAGCAGUCAUUGGGGUCAUACACGUGCCAUUCACUGGCUUCACUGCCUGGGCGUUUGUAGGUCAGGGGUCAAAUAUGAGUCCCCGGUCGUCCUACAGUGUCAGCCCUCCAAAGGCCAUUGUAUCACGUUCCCACUCUGGAAAAGUCAAAGGUGUUGUUCUGGAAGCUUUUGGAAACAGCACAACAUUAAUAGAAGCCGGUGGUGCCGGAUAUAAGGUCCUGUCACUUUUGGAGAUGCCUUCAAGUGAAACCAGUUCUAUGGACCAGGCAGACAUUUACAUCCACGUCACCUUUAUUAAGAAAUGGGACAUCUGCGCUGGUGCCGCACUACUCAGUGCACUGGGAGGUCACAUGACAACGCUAAAGGGAGAGGACAUCGACUACAGUGGAACCCCAGUUAACGAAGGAGGACUGGUGGCCAGUGUUGGUGUGGACCAUGAGGCCUUAAUCAAGAAACUUGAACCUGAAAAGCACUGAGACACAAACAGAGCCAUUAGUAGUUUCCUCGGGUUAUUGUAACAAGUGGCAGCCCUUUUCUAUGACUAAGAGUGGGCUGCAAACGUGACCAAGCCUGUGAUUUCAUCAUCGUGGGACACCAAACAUCCGGCAGUCAGAUGGACUGGAGUCACAGAGCAGGACUGGAACCAACAUGGCUGCCAUUGGAAACUGCAAUGGCUCUGAACGUGCACACUUGCGGUUCGGAGAAACGGUACACCUUCGGCUCCGCAUGCAUAUACACACAAACACAUGCUCACAGUGAACACUGUCCCUUCACCUACAGAGGACUACGCUCUUAACGAUGUGAAAGUGAGGAGCACAAUGCUAAACAGUACAAUAGAACCUAUGGAGACUGACAUGAUGGUUUUUCUACAUGUCAAGUCCUUUCUUCAUCACAUGAGAUUCCAGUGAACACACAAGAGUAAGGAGCAGCAUGUAUUCCAGACGGGCAAGGAAUCAUUGAAGUUCGCUUCACAAACAUUUUUUUAAGAAAACCUCCAUUAGAUAAAACAGAAUGAAAUCUUUAUUUCCUCCACCUUUUCAGGAGAGAUUUUUAAAGCAGUCCCACCUCAGUAUGCAGAACACUGUACUGAGAAUAACCACCACAUUUCAUUACUAGGCUGAGAAAGUGUUUGCAAAUAAAUAAGCAGCUAAUAUUGUAUGAAUUGGUCCCCAAAUUAAUAGUAAAGUUAUUGUAGACUAAAUAAUUUCCAAUGUCAUGGCAAGGCCCAGAAGAAAUCAGAUUAACAAAGUCACUAAUUAAAUGACUAAAUGCUCAAAGGGAAGAGGAGGGAGAUUAGUCUUUUUUCUCUUAUCAUUUUUUGUCCGAGUCAGAUUUUAGGCUGAUAUUAAAACUAUUCUCAGGUAUGACGUGAUUCAUGUUCCCUCACUCUCCUGUUUAUAUAUACACAACUGCAAGCACAAUAUGAUAACAGCAAGGUGUGUUUACCAAGUAAAAAACUACAGAAGCUACAAAGUCUACGAACAGAAGCAGCAAAGUUGAAGGGAUGCUGCAUGUGCCUGGCAGUGAGCUCAAGGACUGGGAUGGAAGAUGAUGGAAAAGUGUUUAAUAAACCUUAAAGGGAUUGUUAUGUUAGGGUUGUAUGAGGUACUUAUCCAGGCGGUGUAUCACUACAGUAGAUUGCUUUUGGCACGCCCCCAGUUUGGAGAAGCAGACAGAGUACCAGCACAGAAGCUAAGCAAUGUCCUGCUGGGGACCGGGGCAAGGGCAAAACUUAUUUUAGCCACCUAAAAAAAAAACUAAUAUCAGUUGAAGUGUCACUAUAUUUAGAACAUUGUCACCGCUUUACCUUGCCGUCAGAGCCCUCUGAAGGGGAACUGAAGCCGUUCUCUGUGCUCUUCAAAGCCACCAGACUCCUUUGACAAAAACCGUCAUUAUACCUCGCAGUGUGGGUGUGCAAUGUCUGUAUCUUCCUCAGCAUCCUGUAAAUAUGUGUAAUGAGUUGGACUGAAGUGAAAUCCUUCAGCACCUUCAGUCUGUUUCUCCACACAUCAACAGUGGUGGCUGGACUGUUCUCAGUGAAUUAAGAGCAGAGGAUCGGCUAACAGACUGGAUGGCAGUGAUGUUUCCGCUGCUGAGAAUAAUAACAAGUCCUAUCCAAUAUGUACAGUGUCAUUCAAGACUUUAACACUGCUGACAGAAGAAAAGCAUUUGUGUUUCAGUAGCUUUACGUCCCCAAGAACUAAAUGGAAGUUUAAAAGGCGAGACUAACCCGAGCUGGAUCGGUACAUUUCCUGCUCUCUGUUAGCAACCCAUUUCUGCUGCUGGAUAAUGUGUACUUGCAUGGUUUUGUAUUUUGAUUAACCUUCGGUACUCUCACACAUUUCACCCUGCUGAAAAUGUAAUCGCUCGAUCAAUCCCUGCUUCUGCAGACUACUGGUCCGUCUGUUUACAGAGAAUGUGUGUUCAUCAACAAACACUGACAUAAAGUUGGACUUAUGAUCAUUGUCUUGAAGACAAACUUACAUGAUGGUUUAAUGUUCGGUUUGUCUCAGCAGCCUUUGUACAUUUCAUAACCUUGUAUAGAUAUAUUGUUGUAUAUUUAUACAACGUGUAUAGAGGUUAAGAGAUAAAUGUGCGUUCAACAUGUUUUGCCGCAGACUGAAGACGAUAGUUGAAGACUGAGAACCUGUGGGCAGGUUGGAGGCUGCGCUGGAUGCCUUCAUGUUCUAAAUUCAAAUGUUAGGAUUUGAGUGCCUUUGAUCUGUACAAGACAACAUUGUAUAAGGAUGACAGCUCAACAUGAUUUCUGUUGCUAUGGUAACGGUGGUUAAUAUGCAAGGGUAAUGCUGCAAUAGCAAGUUAAAUGACAUGGAAAUCAUGUGUACUAUGUUGGGAUGGACAGAACAAGUAGAAGCAGUUCAGUGAGUAUGAGUCGGAGAUGAUGAUUAAAGGGCAACUCCACAGAAUAUGGAGUUAUAUUGUGUUUACAGGUGUUGGGGAGAACUACUGCAUAUGUGAACAAGUUGAAUAAAGACUUGUUGCCCCACAA